GAGGAAAAUGUAAUACCGGAACUGGGAUUUUCAGAAAACUUCAGGCGGAAAAACUUUCUUUUGAAGCAGGUCAAGGAAAAUGUGAUAAAUGAAUAUAACGUUACAAGCACAGUGAAAAUGAAGAUGGCUUAUCGUGACUGAUCAGGCGUUGUUUAGGCAAUGAAGGACUUCUGCAGGUGCACAUUCAGACCUGCAAUCAUCCACCGACUUUCCAUGAAUGAGCGAUAAAGAUGGCGAUUAUGCCGAUCAAAAUAUGUACAUUCAAUUACUUUUUAGUGUUUUUAUUGAUACCUGUCAAUGCAUGUCCCGACGAAUGUUUUUGCGCCAAAACAUCUGUGUCAUGCACCAAUGGACUAAGUGAAUCUUGGACUGAUUUACUUCUCUCUAUUUGGAAAUCCCAGAUUCAUAAAUUAGACAUACAUGGAGCAAAUUUUCAUAGCAUAAACAAACUGUGGAUGCUUCCCAAUAUACGUCACAUUCAUCUCUUGAACAAUCAUAUUUCCCAAAUAGAUGAAUUUACAUUUAUUGGAUUAGUUCAUCUAAAAUCAUUACAAUUGUCACAAAACACAAUUGACAAUUUGAGAUCUGAUGUAUUCCAGGAUUUGGAUAACCUAGCAUCAUUGAACUUAAGCCAUAAUUCACUGACCAAAAUCCCCAAUGGUAUAUUCUUGAGAAAGUCCCAUCUAACCCAUAUUGAUUUAAGUCAUAAUAUGAUAAUACAGAUUGGAGCCGAUCUAUUCAAUGGGCUUACCUCUUUAACACAUCUAGAUAUCAGCUACAACAAGAUAAAUGUGAUAUCCCCUACAGCUUUCAAUACAUUGAUAAACAUGAAGGUUCUUCAUAUGUGUGAUAAUCAGCUUGUACACCUACAUGAACAAGCAAUGAUCAACUUGAAUAAUUUAACGCAUCUUCAUCUUGAAAAUAAUCCAUGGAAUUGCCAAUGUGGCUUGAACUGGAUUAUUCGAGAUCUUCACAAUCAUGCAUAUUAUAAGAAUCGUCAAAGAAUGAUAUGCAACCAACCUCUAGUGUUACAAGGUACCCCGAUUGAACAAUUGGAAUUUGAUGAGCUAACUUGUCAGCCUCCAAUAAUCCUAAAUAUUACACAGAAUAUUACUGUGAGUCAUUUACAAGAUGUUACUUUGUGGUGCAAUGCAUCUGGCGAACCUACUCCUGGAGUAUACUGGACAACUCCUAUGGGACAGAUUCUCGUUCACCCCUCACAUGCAAUGUGGCUUCCCCCAGAAUUAUACAUCCACAAGGGUCAACAUGCAUUUGCUGGUGCUCGAAGUUACUUCAAGUCUGAAGCCACAGUGCAAAAAGAUGGAAGCCUGGUUAUCUCGCAGAUUAGAAAUUAUUUUGCAGGGCAAUUUACAUGUACUGCUAUAAAUCCAAGUGGGUAUGUUAAUGAAACAAUAUUUGUCACACAGAAGUCAACUAUAAGUGAGAUAUUCAUGAUAAAUAUGAUUCUGGCUGCUGGAUCUGCAGGGAUAUGUAUAGUGCUGACUUUGAUCUAUGGUGGAAUAUGUCUGUGUCUUGAGGCAUGUUUAAAAAAAAAUAAAAAAAUGUUUGACCUACCUGAUAUUAUCAUUGAUGAUUCAGAAUGUGGAGAACAUACUCCCCUACAUUCUCCAGCGCCUUGUCAACACAGCCCUUUCUGGAUCCAAUCCCUGCGUGCCUCUCCUCAAAAAUAUGGAGGAAAUACACCCCUUGCUACCAGUGACUCGGAAGAAGAAAUUGAUGGAGCUGUCAAGCUCAAACUGAGGCAAAGUUUGGAGGAAGCACGACGCCAACUCAGAAUUGAAGUUGACCGUCGUAUGACAAUGGCACGAUCACAAAUGAAAGAAGUGAAAAUACAAAUGAAAGAUUUGAAACAAUCCGGUUCUCAGUACAUUCACAAACUUGGUGAAAACAGUCGUUACAAACUUCAAACUAUUCGUGCAUCAAGUCGUCAGUAUGGACAACGUAUGAGAGAGGGUGUUGUCUUAGGAGUAGAGCAAGUUAAACAUCAUAUUCACUCCAUGAAGGAACUUUGUGGAACUGGUGAUAUAAGUCAUACCAUAUCUAUUGCAUCCAUGACAAAUGUUGACACAGAAGUACAAAGCCAUGUUGUUGUAACAAAGACUGAAACUGUUGUUUAAAGGUUAGUCUUGUAUCAAGUCUCUUAAUCCCAUCUAUAUCCAACCCACUGAAAAUUGGCUUUUUAUGGAAAAAUACGAGACUAAUGGGCCCACUAUUUUUCCUGUGCAUUAGCCAGAAAGGGGUUAUAAAAAAAUUCCCUCCAUCCCAGCACAGGGUUUGAUGCAAGACUAUGAAAAAUUUGAUUUCGUUAUAUUUCUAUUGCUUCAUCAGUUCUAUUUUAGUAAGCUUUGCAGCACUUAUAUAUUAUUUUUAUAUUUGCAAACCUCACUUUAUUUCUCAGUAAAGUUUAUAAUGCAGUGAAUUAUAACUUAUACAGGGUGGCCAGAAAAAAGGAG